UGUAUGUAGUCUCUACUCUGUACCGCAAAUCAAAACAAACAAAACGCUCCACUUGGCCGUCGUGAAUAUGGAGUGAACGCAACUAGGAGGCAGGCAUACGGAAAGACGGAAUCGAAAUCGAGCGAGUGCGAUUCCCUUCAAAAUGAGUGUGGGCUUACUCCGCUUAGGAACUCCUGGGCCUGGCCCUGCCCACCGCCUCUUCAGCUUCCCUCAAGUUAGGCUGGCUGGCUCCAGCACCGCCUUGGAUCCGACCCGACCCGCGCCCGCUCUGACGCACUACGAGCUCCUGGGUUUGACCCCCGAUGCCACCACCACCGAGAUUCGCGAAGCCUUCUUUCGACAGGCUAAGGCUCUCCAUCCCGAUCGAAAUCCCGACCCCAACGCCCGCCAAGCUUUUAUGCAAAUCCAGGAGGCGUACAAAGUCCUGCGGCACGCCCCCCAGCGCGCCGAGUAUAACCAAACCGAGGGCAUAGAAAAGUCGCUCCAUCAGCGCACGGAGGACUUGGAAGUGGCGUGGACCACGCGGAAAACCGUAUUCGGGGCGCGCCCCUGGUCUGAGAAAUUGGCCAAAGACUUGAUGCGGGCUAGUAGCUUGCGCUCUAUUCGACGACACGGGGCGGCACACAUGCGCGGUCAACCUGUGGACACGCUAGAAGAUUUCGUCCGGCGCAAAGGCUCACCCCGUCAAGUCGCGGGACUCAAACAGGACUUGUUUGAAGAGCCGCAUUCGCGGGCUCACGAAAUAUAUAAGAUUAAAGUGAUGGCGGGCGUGAGUGUCGGGCUGUUUGGCGUGUAUUAUGCGUCCGUGCUGUUUCUCCAAAACCAAGGGGUGCCACAUACCGUGCUGUAGUUUAUUUCAUACGUGGUGACCCUUUCAAUCGAGUUUGAGCCCGUCAUGGAGUUGGAUUGGAACACCUCAAUGUCAUUUAUGGCCAAUUAGUUAGACAGCCCUCCACGUUGGCGAUGGUGAUCAAUAUACAUACGUAUAUAUAUAUGGUGGUAUUGGUCCCGACAUGCCUUGGCAUCAGUCGGUUUGACGCAUAAAGAGGUAUCCCGUUCCAUCGGAUAUCUAAUCUGUAGAAACUGAAACAGUCUAUGAAUAUAACGAAACAUUCAAUCCA